GCUCAUAACAAUGGAAUUCAAAUCGAGUUUAUAAAACACGAGUUUAUAUGGCUGGGCUUGGGCCCAUCUGCGCCCAAUUAACGGCGCAUUUGAUUUGAUGACGUUCGCAGCAACGGAACUUUUAAGCCCCGCCCUCCGCCUCCCUUCCUCCCUUCCUCCCUCUCCCUCUCCCUCUCCCUCUCUUCUGUUUACUCUCACAGGUCGAUCGGCUUUCGGCUCUUCCGUCGUCGAGAAAAGUUGCAGGUUCCAGCGACGAUCAUGGCCGUUUGCUCACCAUCGAACUUCCUAUUACCUCAUGUUGCCGAUUCAUCUUCCGAGAUCGGUACGUCGAAGCAAUGGAGAACAAGUUCGAUGGCAACCGCGAGACUUUUCGGACACGGCACAAGCCCCAAUCUCGGUCUUCCGAAUCCCUCGAAGAUCUCGACUUCACAUCUGCCGGUGAAAAAGAAUCAAGAGUUCCAACACGGAAGCUCCAGACUCGAUUCCGCGGCGAACGCGGUCACGAUCUCGGAAGGUGAGGAGCCUAGGGCUUUUGCGGAUGGGUCUGUGCCAAAGGCUGAUAAUGGAAACGGUGGCGGAGGCAGAGGCGGCGGCGACGGUAAGGGGAAGUUUCCGCCGGGAGGUGGCGGCGAGGGGGGCUGGGGCAGUGGCGAUGACGGUGAAGGAGGGACAGAGGAAGAAGAGUUUGGGCCGAUAGUGAAGUUGGAAGAGGUGAUGAGAGAGACAGAAACUCGAGGGGCUAAGCUUCCUUUGGAUAUGUUAGAGGCGGCGAAAAGUACGGGAAUUCGCAAACUUCUUCUUCUGCGGUACUUGGAUUCGCAGGGUUCAGUUUGGCCCCUAGGCUUCGCAAUGAGGCACUGCUCUAUGCUUCGUAACCGAGUGCUUGUGGAUCCUGCAUUUCUUUUUAAAGUUGGAACAGAGAUAGUCAUUGAUUCUUGUUGUGCAACAUUUGCUGAAAUUCAAAAACGAGGAAAAGAUUUCUGGGCGGAAUUUGAGUUGUAUGCUGCAGAUCUUUUGGUUGGUGUCGUUGUAGACAUUGCUUUGGUAGCCAUGUUAGCACCUUAUGCUCGAUUUGGGCAGCCAUCUAUAGCAACAGGUUUCUUUGGACGGAUGCAACAUGCUUGUGCAGCUCUUCCUAGCAGCGUUUUUGAAGCUGAAAGGCCAGGCUGUAGAUUCUCAAUGAAGCAGCGGGUUGCAACUUACUUUUAUAAGGGUGUAUUGUAUGGAUCAGUAGGGUUUGGAUGUGGCCUUAUUGGCCAAGGCAUUGCAAAUUUGAUCAUGACUGCAAAACGAAACAUGAAGAAAUCUGAAGAGGACAUACCUGUACCACCUCUUGUGAAAAGUGCUGCUCUCUGGGGUGUUUUUCUUGCUGUGUCUUCCAACACUCGCUAUCAAAUCAUAAAUGGACUGGAACGUGUGGUUGAAGCAUCACCAUUGGCAAAACAAAUCCCACCUUUCGCAAUGGCUUUCACUGUGGGCGUGCGAUUUGCCAACAAUAUUUACGGUGGUAUGCAGUUCGUAGAUUGGGCUCGAUGGAGUGGUGUGCAAUAGCAGCGCCCAUUUCCAGCAAAAAUAUUAUUUUUGAACCAACUUGGAGAUUGAUUAAGGCACAUAUUUUUAGCAUCAGCUGUGUGUCUGAAAAGCCUUCUCCAUAAGUUCAGCUUCCUUCAUUUCAAGCUCAAGUGCUUGGAUCAGAGGUUAGGGGUGAAUUAUAAGAAAUUGUGCGAUGAAAUUUCUUGCUUUCUCAAUUCUCCAAAACAUUUUAUAGACAGUAGUAGGAUCACUUUUUUUUUCUUUUUUUUCAAUGCAAGCCACACAUAGGAUUACUUGAGUUGUGAUUGUGACUUUGGCUGAAAUAGCAGGAUUGAGGUAUCAAUUUGGGUACGACGUUGUACCCAGGCCUCUGGCUUGCAGAUUUAGUCAGCCCUUCCUCCAGCCUUGGGAGUCCUCACCUUUGCUUUGGAGUUUUGUAUUGUAAUGAAUAUUUAUGUCAUGUUUAAAGUUUUGCAUUGUAGCAA